AGUUGUAUGUUUGCCAGUGAAAGACACUCUUGUUUGGCUGCAUCGUGUCGCUUUGAAUCACUAAGUGCAAUGUUGUCACUCGGGACAUCGUCAGAGCACUAUGAUGGGAUCCUGGUCUAACGACACGGUGCUGAAAAACGGAAGGAAAAGAGUCAAAAACGCUCCAAGAUCUCAGGUUUGACUUCAAGUGGAUGCUGUGUAUCACACCAUGUUGGUGACAACAUAUCUUGCCAUCAUUGUCCUACUUGCCCUGUGUGCUGGCCUCGAGCUUACUGCUCGCCGUCUCACUCCACCUCAGCCGACCACUGCUGUCGCAAACCCAGCCUUUCGUCGCUUCCAGAGUAUAUUCCUCCGUGCAUACCUUUUGGCUUUGUGGGCAGAUUGGCUCCAGGGUCCUUACCUCUACAAACUUUACCGCCACUAUAGCUUCCUGGAAUCCCAAAUAGCAAUCUUAUAUGUGUGUGGUCUUGCUUCCUGUGUCCUGUUUGCUCCUUUUUCAGGCUGGCUCCCUCAAGCCUUGGGUCGCAGACAGACAUGUCUGCUCUUCUGCCUGUCCUACUCAGCCUGUUGUCUCACCAAGCUUUCCAGAGAUUACUUUGUUUUGAUUUUUGGUCGUGUCCUGGGGGGUCUGUCCACAUCCCUGCUGGCCACAACAUUUGAAGCCUGGUACGUGCACCGACAUGUAGAUGUCCAUGAUUUUCCCAAGGAGUGGAUCCCCAGCACCUUCACCAAAGCUGCUACUUGGAACCACGGACUCGCUGUGGGAGCAGGACUGGUAGCUAACUUGCUGGCUGAGUGGCUCCACUUGGGGCCAGUAGCUCCCUUUCUCCUGGCUGUCCCUUGUCUGAUGUGCUGUGGCUGGGUGUUGAUAACAGACUGGGGCAAGGAAGAUGCUGAGGGAGGUCCUGAAGGAAACAAGCAGACAUUACUUGGCACUUCAAAUGGAGGUGUGACUCAUUUGUCUGCAAAGGCCCGUUUCUUCCGCAGCUGCCAUGAGGGGCUGCGUUGCCUGCUGUCAGACAGGAGAGUCAUGCUCUUGGGUGGAGUGCAGGCUCUGUUUGAAAGUGUCUUGUACAUUUUUGUUUUCCUGUGGACCCCAGUACUGGACCCUCAUGGACCCCCUUUGGGAAUAGUGUUCUCCUGCCUGAUGGCGGCCAGCAUGGCUGGCUCCUUGCUGUACCGCCUAGCCACUUCCACUCGCUACCAUCUACAGCCUGGCCAUGUGCUCUGUCUGGCUGUGUUGAUGGCUUUCUUUUCUUUCUUCAUGUUGACAUUUUCCACUGCUCCAGGCCAGCCCAGACCUCAUGAAUCCUUCUGGGCCUUCCUGCUGCUGGAGCUGGCUAGUGGCCUCUACUUCCCAGCAGUCAGUUUUCUCCAGGGCAGGGUUAUCCCAGAGGAGAAGCGGGCUAGUGUGCUGGCCUGGUUCCGGCUGCCUCUGCACCUGCUGGCCUGCUUGGGGCUGCUGGCACUUCAUGGGGAAGUAUCAGGAGCAGGUGGAGGGGAAGCUGGCAGCGGCACCAGACACAUGUUUGGGGGCUGUGCCGUCAUGAUGUUGGCAGCUUUGAUGGCUGUUGUUAGUUUGUUCACUCUGGGCAGAAAUGACACAGAGCUAAGACUGGAGGGAACCAGGGGGGAGGGGGAGAUGGACUGAGGAGAAAGGCCACAUAUCCUUUAAUGCUAUACUGGUAUGAAUUACACCAGUUUAGCGCAACUAAAUGAAAAAUCUACAUGGCCAGGGUAGUUUUCUUGUUGUCAAAUAUAUCAUUGAAGAAAAUCAAAGCCUAAAGGGUGAGGACUAAUUUAAUAUUUUUUAUAUGUUUAACUUGUUACUUUUUGGGGACUUGUCUUCUUGUGUAAGGAUGCUGAAGGAACAUGGAUAUAUUAACCUGCAUUUUUUAAGUAAAAACUUUAUACAUGAUAAUACGUGAUUGCCUCAAUGUAAUCACCUACAGGGAAAGAGAAAGAUGUGUUUGUCAGGAAUGAAGUUGAAUUCAUGUCACUUGCCCACAGCCACACAGGGAUUGGUAAUUCUGAAGGCAUGGACAGACCUAUUUACUUAGAUCUGAAUGAAAAAGAAAUAUGGUGACAACUAGCAUGUAGACCACCAUCUUUCUGAAUGCCUCUGUUUUACAAUUUCCCUACAGUUCUUUGUUUACUGGUUGUUACAUUUUUUGUCUGGUUUAUUUUGAAUACUUAUUCUGUGCCAUCUGCAGGGUAUUUUAUCUCUAUUGUCUCAACAUUUUCACACUUUUAAAUAAAGUGCUAUUGUAAACCGUA